ACCCGAUCGACUACACCCGAGGAAGAGGCUUCGGGAAGUGUAGAAAACUCCAUGGAAGAAACACCAAAAGAGGAUUCUCAGACCACAGCCACGGCCCAGACUCUCUCACCAAGCAUAAUUUCAUCACACAUUACACUGCCGACUGCAUUACCUACUUUUGCCUCUACUGCCUCUACUGCUGCUACUGUUGCUACUGCUACUAGUGCUACUACUGCUACUACUGCUAGUGCUCAUAUUCCUGCUAUAAACUCUGCUGAUACUUUAUUUACUGCCUCUGCUCCUUCUCAUGCUGCUACUGAUUCUACUGUAAAUUCAGCAGAGACUGUGGAAUCAGAACAAGUCCGAACAGGACCUGUAUUGAUACAGCACAAGCAACAAAACACAACAGUGACAAAUGAGCUACGACGACGGAUUGUGGUGACUAGCUUGAACGAAGACACUACAGGCGAAGGAGGAUCGAUGCCAACAGAUGCUAGUUUACCUACAUCACAAGAACAUGACGACACUAUUAAUGGCGGUGGUUUUUAUGAGUGCAACAUAUGUUUUGAUACAGCUACAUAUCCAGUAUUAACGCUGUGUGGACAUUUGUUUUGUUGGUCUUGUCUGGGACAGUGGUUGAACCAGCAGUCAAGAAAUCCAACGUGUCCUGUGUGCAAGGCAGGAUGUGACAGGGAAAAGGUGAUUCCUAUUUACGGCAGAGGCAAAGAAGAAAAAGAUCCAAGAAAUGAUCCAUCGAUACCAACACGUCCAGCUGGACAAAGACCUCCUCCACUACGGGAUCCCAAUAUGCCAAGUCACUCUUUCUUUGGACAACCAUUACGAGGAAGAGGUUUUAACACUGGAAAUGUAGCCAUUACAGCUGGCGUAGGGUUCUUUCCAUUUGGUAUUGCCUUUAAUAUGCCUUUCAACGGAUCUACUGCAAUUCAUGGUCAGCCUCACAGUAACGGUUUCCUAUCCAGGUUGUUUCUUAUGAUAAUGAGUCUAUUUAUUGUUGGACUCAUCUUCUCUUGAACUAAAAAAAAAACAGUAAUAGUAGAUUAUUCUAUAAACAACAUAAAAAUAUAUAUACAUAUACAUAU